UCACAUGGAAGUUGAAUUCUCUGCCACUUGUAGUUGGUGCGAUCUCCGCGAGCCAGCAAAACCAGCGCAGCAUUACGCGAUUAAGAAAGUACGGAAACGCGAAAGCGUGGGCGGCGCGGUGUCGAGCGAAAACGAAACCUCUCGACCGCCCGAGUUGUUGUGAAAGGUGCUAAUCGGGCACAGCUUAGGGAUGGCUGCAAGAUGGAGGACCUGAAGAAGUGCGGCGAUGACUAUAUUCCAUACGCCAAGCGUGGACCUCUGCAGGUACCCAACAUAGGAUUCCGGGAAGGGUGCAGGAUUGCCAAAGAACAGAUCAUCUGCAGCAUACAAUUCAUGAAGAACUGCACGCAAGGUCCAGCCGAAGCUGCGGCGCUGGUGGUGCUGCAGGCGUUGGAAGAAAACAUCGAAGACGUCUGCACCGUGGGUUCGAAAUCAUACAAAAGGUACCAGAAAUCCAUCAAGUGUAUGGAAUCUGUUGGCCACGGGAUGCACAAGUGCAUGACACACUUCCACGAGCAUCUAGAACGGGCUGUGGUUAAGGCAGCUGUCAAAGACGUUAUUCACCACAGCUGCUGUAUCUAUAACGACUUAUUGGACUGCUGCUCCAAGGCCCUUGCACCCUGCGAGAGAGUUCACGCCAAAGACUUCGUUGUCGGGAUCCUGGAGGACAUCUUCGGCGAGAUAGUCCACCUCGUAUGCGGCCGGUACAUCAAGAGCACGGAUGCCUGCAGUGCUCUGCCACCUUUGGCUAGCUUGGACGAGGAUGACGAAAGGUUCAGCACUUACAUCGAGCUCAUCAUGGAAGCAGCCGCUACCUAUGGCCACAGGAACUAGCGCCUCGGUCUUUGCGCAGCCUUUGUUGCACCAAUUUAUUAGCCUUCGUUCUUUUCACAUCUUCACUACGUUCUUUCCAUUUCGCUAGAACUCAGGAGAGAAAGACAAAAGAAAAAAGAUGUUUGUCAGGAACACUUUCAUUGCCCAUUCACGUCUAGGGUUCAUGUGUUACCGCCAUGCUGACUUUAUAGGUGGUGUUAAAAUACGCGUCGCAGUGGCGAUUGUCUACGAGUAACAGAAAGAGAUCUUAAGGCUGUGCGGUGCCAGGCUGCAUAUGCCGGGAACAAUUGCAGGGCGAGAAACACAUGAUGGCUGCAAUCAAUUACACGUUAUGGAUUCUGGCAACUACAUUGUGCAUGGAAGGACCUUGCGAAACUGCUGUGACCACGAAAAUGUCAAGUUUAGUACAUUUGUUAACCGUGACACCCCCGCAGUGGCACUGAAAAGCAAAAAGGCUUUUUGUAAAUUUGCUUGGUAGUUAUUCUGCGCCAAUUAGCACUUUUUUAGCUGCGUUCUUUCAGGAAACGUUAUCGGUCUUCGCAAUCAUGGAUUGGGACGUCUGAAGUCGCGAAGCUAGGAAAUGACACCAAAGAGUUCAGCAAUGUAUGCACGUUCACGGAAGCGUGCCCUGUUCGUAUUUCCUGCUUAUACUGCAGGAAGAGUGGGUUUUAUGCUGCGCAAUGCGCAUUUAUCAGGUGCUUUAGCUUCUCAAAUAUAAUGCUUAGACAUGUGUGUACUGUUUUAUAAGAUCAUACUUUAUUUAAGAUGCUCUGACUGCUGCAUACCGAGAUAAAGCGAAAGAGAAAUGAUGUGUGAGCAAUCAGGGGCUGUAACAAAAUGCAGCUCUGGUUCGGUGCCCUGCACCGGGUGAAGAGGCAAAGAGACAAGAAUAACGGAGCGCUGAGAUGCUCGAAAAGCUCAACGAUCGCAUGCACUACAGGACUAGCACCACAUUGCUCUAAAAGAAAUAUAUCACUUAGGUUCAUAGGCCUCACAAACUGGAGACGUAGAGGGACGGCAUUCUGCGUGGACUUAUGUUGGGAGCAGUGAAGUUACAUUUUUGCUCCUUUUAGUCAACCAGUUUUCAGUUGGUCAAACAUAUGGCAUAUCUCAUGCCUCUCCGCGCAAUGAGAUGGAGAGACACUGAGAAGGGGCGCAAAGGUUUUGUCAACGCAGCACGUGUCACUUCAUGGUGUGCAACGUGUUGUCAUGUGAAGUGUUGUGGGAGGAGAACAGGGUAACUUUGCUAAACUGACGUAAUAUUACUUGUCCUCACUAAAUAGCACUUUUGGGUAUCGUAAUGAGAUAUCCCACUGCAUAGAGCAUGAUGGCUUUGAAACUGGAAUAUGUGUAUGGAUUGUGUUGCUUAUUAAGGAAGGUUUUGCGUUUGAAGUAUGCAAUAAAGUACUUUCUUUUUGUA